CUGUCAUCGUCCGCUCUUUACGAUGCUGAAUCGUUUUCGGCUCUUGGAAAGUGUAACUGCAGGUCUCCACGACCAUCGCUCUAAUCCAGCGUCCUCACCUUUGGGGAAGGCUAUGUCUGUCAAUUCUAACACCAUCUCCUUUCCCGGUGCUUUCUCUGGUGCGUACCUCAAUACUGCAGCAGGUAGCUGGCAUCGUAAUCUGUCUGGUGUAAAACUUUGGGUCUUUGUGCCAGAGACUGAAGUGCUUCUCGGCGAGCUUGCUAGCCUAGCGAAUGAAGAGGACGGUUGGCCGCCGCGAGGGAAGCAGCGCUUGGUCGUCUUGGAAGAAAAUGAUGUCCUUUUUGUUCCUCCCGGGCUGCGACUGGUGCAGGCUUGGCACACGCCAACGACUUGCUUGACCGAGCAAGGAAUGUUGUGGGAUGAUCUCAGUGUCUUGUCGAUCUUGGAAAGCAUGUCCCUAGGUCCCGAGAAUCAGGCUGUGCAAGACGAUCGUACUGCACAGCAGCUCUUUCGCAUGAUAAAUAACCUUGACUGCUUAAUCACAGAGCAACCUGAUCGAUUCAGAAGAAGCAUGGCACAGGACGAAUUCAUGGCUCGUUUCCGCGAAGCCAGUCAGUCAUGGCUUGGGUCUUGUCCAAAUGGGGUUAGAACACAAUAAAGUACUUCGAGGGUGUGAUCAGCAUGUUCAGGUAGCAUGUAAAAUAUCCAUGAGUUCAGCGAUC